UCCAGCAGCACAUUUAUUAUUGAGGCAGGCAGACAAACAGCUGCUUGCCAUUUACAACACUUCCACAACGUUUUGCUACGAACCUUUUUUUUGUUCUGGAAGCGUAGAAAAAGAAGAGAAAGUAAUCGAACACGAGGAUAAAGAAGGAUGUAGAUACAGUAUCUUGCACCGCUGGAAUAAGAAUAAGUCGUAGAAGAAGAAGAAGAAGAAGAAGGCCGGGAAGUGAAGCGUCCUCCUCUCGUCCACAUCUGGAUUAACUAUUUGGACUCUCGGUUCUGCUUCGGAUUUAGGUCGAGUUCUGUGCUCGACUAUGUGUCCUUUCAAAUGGGUGCCAACAACGGAAAACUGUAUGGAAGCGAGGGCAAAGGGAGCUCCAGCAUCUCCUCUGACAUAAGCUCCAGCACCGAUCACACGCCGACCAAAGCGCCCAAGAAUGCGACUCCCAGCGAAGGAUUGGACUCCAGUACAAGGACUCUGAGCACGCCCAGUCCAGGUCUCAUCCUCCCGUCCAAGUCUUCGUCGCUCUCAUCCCCGGCGCUCUCCAGCAACGGCCAUGACACUAACUCCACGUCGUCUUCUUCAUCCGCCGCCGCCGAAACCGUCGCCGUUGUCCACCCUCAGCCCGGCACUCACACACGCUCACGUCCACCCAAAAGCCACGCCCCGGUGGACCUCCUCCCUGACCACGCCCUUUUGCAGAUCUUCUCCCAUCUCGCCACCAAUCAGCUAUGUCGCUGUGCUCGUGUGUGCCGACGAUGGUACAACUUGGCGUGGGACCCGCGGCUUUGGAGCGCCGUGCGUUUGACGGGGGAGCUACUGCACGCCGACCGCGCCGUCAGGGUGCUCACUCACCGUCUGUGUCAGGACACGCCCAAUGUGUGCCUCACCCUGGAGACGGUGGUGGUCAACGGAUGCAAGAGGUUCACCGACCGCGGGCUGCACGUGCUGGCCCAGUGUUGCCCCGAACUGCGGCGCCUGGAGGUCGCCGGAUGCUACAAUAUCUCCAACGACGCCGUGUUUGAGGUCGUGUCCCGAUGUCCCAACUUGGAGCACCUCAACCUCUCAGGCUGCUCCAAGGUGACGUGCAUCAGCCUGACCCAGGAGGCCUCACUUCAUCUGUCGCCGCUCCACGGCCAGCAGAUCUCCAUCCACUAUUUGGAUAUGACUGACUGCUUCUGCCUGGAAGACGAGGGCUUGCGGACUAUUGCCACCCACUGCCCCCGCCUCACGCACCUCUACCUGCGCCGCUGCACCCGCCUCAGCGACGAGGCCCUCCGCCACCUGGCCCUCCAUUGCCCGUCCAUACGGGAGCUCAGCCUCAGCGACUGUCGCUUAGUCGGCGACUUCGGGUUGCGUGAGGUGGCCCGCUUGGAAGGCUGCCUACGCUACCUUAGCGUAGCUCACUGCACUCGAAUCACCGACGUGGGGAUGCGUUACGUCGCUCGCUACUGCCCUAAAUUACGCUACUUGAACGCUCGUGGUUGCGAGGGGCUGACGGACCACGGUUUGAGCCACCUUGCCCGCAGUUGUCCGAAACUCAAAUCUCUAGACGUGGGUAAAUGCCCGUUGGUGUCGGAUAGCGGCUUGGAGCAGCUAGCGAUGUACUGCGGCGGCCUGAGACGCGUUAGCCUACGGGCGUGCGAGAGCGUAACGGGGCGGGGUCUCCAGGCCCUUGCGGCCAAUUGCUGCGAACUCCAGCUACUCAAUGUUCAGGAAUGCGAGGUGUCGUCAGAGGCGUUGCGUUUUGUACGGCGCCACUGCCGCCGUUGCGUCAUCGAACACACGAACCCUGCUUUUUAUUGAAGCUCCUCUGACAAACGGAUGUAUUCCUGCUAGGUGCGUGAUCGGGGGGGGCGUACAACGUAUUUAACGUAUUUAUCUGGGAUCAGGACCUUUUUUUUUUUUUUAUAACAACACAUUCAUCAGCGGCUUGCUCGGACACAUUUGUAAAUUAUUAUUAUUUUUUUUAUUUUUAAUUAGCAUUCGCCUCUGUGCUAUUUAUAGUGUCUCACAAAGCUACAACAAAAGGCUCACUUUAAUCACAUGUGUGCUCAAGUACACGACUGACAGUUAUCAUCUGAUUUAAAAAAAAAUGAUAUGUGUCAAUAAAGUCCACCAAAGCCUUUGCAAA